UGCUCGAACUGUAUUGCCGUGUGUGCGUUAGAGCGCUACAGCUAUACGUAGAGCUACUGAGUAGCCUGUGAGCGUGUGCUCAAAACACGUCUCACUCGCUCACUCGUCCUCUGUCUCUCUCUCGCUCGCUCACCCGUCCGCUCGCUCGCUCGCUCUCUCUCCCUCAUUCGCAACGCUUCUUCUCUCCGCAAUAUUGUCAUAUUUUAUUCUCAAGUCACGUCGAACUACAGAGAGCGGAAAGAACUGUAAGAAAAUCAUCGCAGUGCGCACAAUGUACGCCGCCGUGAAGCCGCUCUCCAAGUAUUUGCGCCUGAAGACGGUGCGCAUCUACGAUCCGAUAUUUACACUGCACUCCAAGUGCACCAUCGUCAUCCUGCUGACGUGCACGUUUCUGCUGUCGGCCAAGCAGUAUUUCGGCGAGCCGAUCCUUUGCCUCAGCUCCACGCAGCAUACGGAAUAUGUUCAAUCCUAUUGCUGGACCAUGGGCACCUACAUCCUGCCACUGGAGAACGAUAGUAUCGAUGCCAGCAAGCCGGUGCCGGAGCUGGCGCUGCUCGAGCAUCAACAUCAGCGGCUCGCACUCAACAGAAGCGGCAUGAGCGCCCUGCUGGCCAACAACGAGCACUACGCACGCAUCAUAUCGAUAGCGGAGGGCGUGGGACCCGAGACUCGGGGCGUUACGAAACGAAUGUACUUGCGCUACUAUCAAUGGGUCUUCAUGAUACUGCUCUUUCAGUCGCUGCUCUUCUACUUCCCGUCGUACCUGUGGAAGGUGUGGGAGGGCCAGCGCAUGGAGCAGCUCUGCUGUGAGAUCGGCGAUGCUCUCAUUCUCGAGGACACCUAUUGCAUGCGCCUGCGCAUGCUCACGAAGUACUUUCGGGCUCGCUUCUCGGCCAUCCAUUGUUGCUAUGCGAUCAAGUAUGCCUUUUGUGAGCUGCUCAAUCUGAUCAUCAGCGUUCUGAACUUCUGGCUAAUGGAUGUAAUCUUCAACGGUUUCUGGCACAAGUAUAUUCACGCCCUGGCCGCAAUACCCGUCUACGACUGGAAUCUCUGGAAUCUGAUGACCUCUCGCGUCUUUCCAAAGGUGGCCAAGUGCGAGAUGUUCAUCUAUGGACCAAGUGGAUCGCCCAAAGUGCUGGACAUACUCUGCGUACUGCCGCUGAACAUACUCAACGAGAAGCUGUUCGCCGUGCUCUACGUAUGGUUCCUGUUCAUUGCGAUGCUGGCCGCAAUCAAUAUACUCUAUCGCCUGUUGCUCGUCUGCUGCCCGGAGCUGCGACUCCAGCUGUUGCGCACGCACCUGCGUGGCAUGCCCAAGGCGCAUGUGCGCCAGGUGUUGGCCAAUUCCGGCUACGGCGAUUGGUUUGUCCUAAUGAGCGUUAGCAUCAAUGUUAAUCCAACAUUGUUUCGUGAUCUGCUCGAGCAGCUGUACACGGAGCAGUCGAUCAAGCAAGCCGGAUCGGCAGCUAAGCACGAGUUUCCAGAUCAGCAAGAGCAACAGAAUCUGGACCGAGACAAUCGCAGCAUCACAACAGACGAGAAUUCGCUGGAGAAUACGGUUAACGUACAUCCGACCCGCUACUACACGGAAAGCCAUGCCUAAAUGGCAGAGAAGACAGCGAGAGCCAGUGCCAGCAUCUCCAGCCAGAAGAGAUGUAAUUUGAUAGUUGUUCCCAUUAUUAUUCGGUUUAUUUGCGCAAAGUGCAAGACAAACACGAAAACGCAUCGAAAAGCAAAUAAAUGCGAUAAUCAAAAU